CCGCCCCCUUAGCCACGUCCCAGAAGCUUCCAAAAUGGCGACCGAACAGAACGUGUUUGAAGUUUAUCGGGUAUUCCAGAUGAAUUUGCCAAAUGCGUCAGACUUGUCCAAGAGAGUUGUACAGAGAGGUCACAAGUAUUCCACGUGAGGAUAUGUACACGGAAGUAAGAUGAUGGACGGAGAGUCACGGCAAAACGUUGGCAAUCGAUGCAAAAAAAAAAAACAAAGAAAUUUGACGCCUCACAAACUUCAUAUGGAAAUCCGACAGGAUCAAAUAGUGGAAUCGUACUGCACGUGUAAAGCAGGAUGUUGCAAAGAAGGAAAAGAUGGAGAAGAGGAAAAAGGUUCCGUUGCUGCUGCCGUGACUCAUAAAGCUCCCGUGUUGCCAUGGCAACGGGUCGCAUUCAUAUUCCCGUCACACAGCUGGACCACGCGUGGCGAAAGGAGCGCCCGGACGGCAACUUCUUUGGAGUCGGCGGCCGAUGUGAGCGCGCGCGGGGGGGAAGAUGCCCUUUCAUCACGUGCGCGCGGGCCUGCUCUAUCCCGACAACUACCUGAGCGGCUCGCUGGCCGAAGGCACGGAAACUUUCAAGCUCACCAGCAUCUCCGCCGAAGAGCUCGCAGAGAUCCGCGAGGCCUUUCGUGUGUUGGACCGAGACGGGAACGGUUUCAUCUCCAAGCAGGAGCUGGGCAUGGCCAUGCGCUCGCUGGGGUACAUGCCCAGCGAAGUGGAGCUCGCCAUCAUCAUGCAGAGGCUGGACAUGGACGGAGACGGGCAGGUGGACUUCGAGGAGUUUGUGACGAUACUCGGGCCGAAGCUGCUGUCGUCCGACAACAGAGAAGGUUUCCUCGGCAACACCAUUGACAACAUCUUCUGGCAGUUUGACAUGCAGCAGCUGUCCCUGGACGAGCUGAAGCAGGUCCUGUUCCACGCGUUCCGCGAGCACCUGAGCAUGAAGGACAUCGAGAACAUCAUCGUCACGGAGGAGGAGAGCCUCAACGAGAGCUCGGGAAGCUGUCCCGAGUACGAGGGAGUGCAUCCCAAGAAGAAGAACCGGCAGACCUGCGUGCGGAAAAGUCUCAUCUGCGCCUUCGCCAUGGCCUUCAUCAUCAGCGUCAUGCUGAUCGCGGCCAAUCAGAUGCUGCGCAACGGCAUGGAGUAGAAAAGUGGCGUCGGCGGCGGGAAGGCCCGGACGGGUCCGUCAAUGAACUUUUUUUCUUUCUUCGAGCUCAGGAGCAGGAAGGGACGUCUGACCACUGGCGUCUUUGUGUUGCUUUCCAGAUGUGACGAUUUUACACACACCGGACAAUUUUACUGUAUUCGCUUUUCCUGAACGAACCAAAAUAGGCCGACUUUCAUUUCGAUGCUUUACAGACGGAGACCGACCAGCCUCCAAAACUUUGAUUUUCUACUCGCUAAUUAAAAAAAAAAAAG